AUGAAUCUUGAUCAUUUACAAAUUGCUUUAUGUUUAUUCACAAAUGACAAUAAUCAAGUCUUGAAAAUAUCAGAAACUCAAGUCAUUUUACCUUCAAUUACCAAUACUCCUAUUUAUUCCUAUGAUCAUGUCCUUGACUUUAAUCAACUAUCAGACUAUUUUGACAAAAUACCCCACCAUUUACUAAAAGGCAAAGAUGCAAAUAUCGUUAUUUUUGAUCCUUCCCUUAAUAGAAAUAGCCUAUUGGAUACUAGACUGAUAUUAUCAUUGGCACCUAUAUUUUCUUGCACAGAUAAUCAAAUUUAUAUCAAAUUCACUGAAUCAUUAAGGGAUGAUACCCCAUUUAAUCUAUUACCCCAUGAAAAAGACACAAUGCAGAUAACCAGCAUAAAUGACAUGCUAAGAUAUUAUAAACUUGGAUUAAGUCAUCAUGAUCCAUCCACCACUUCAUCAUUUACCAUCUUCAUCCAUCAAAAAACCCACUCAUCUCAGUUCACAAUCACAGACACCUCUGGGCAGGAUCCAGAACAUAUAAGCAGCCUAUUGAACAUCAACACAAAUGUGACUCUUUUGACAUCCAUCAGUCAAGCCGAUGACCUAGACCUCGUUCGACGAGCGCUCGACAUCACGUCAAGUUUCUGUCAAAAAAGGGAUGGCGCACCCUCAUCUGAGAGCGAGGCUUAUUUACGCCAGACGAUUCUAAAAAUGAGUUCAGAACUAAACUCACUCCGCUCCUACAACCGAGGCUCCAUGCAGUCUGUCUCCUCAGACCAAGACCACAAGGCACGCUCGACCUUUUCGUCUAUCUCCAACUUUACCCAUCUGACCGUACCGGAAGCCGAUGAGGACAAGGUACUGUUAUCCGAUCUCAACCGUCAAAUUGAAGAACUUCAGAACCAGGUGACCGUCACCAGGGACCGUAACAUGCAUGUGGAGCAUGAACUGCAGCAUAUGAUAUCCACACGUCAACAAUAUGUUGACCUUGCCGAUCACUUACUCACUAUACAAGCAAAACAGGAUCAGCUAAUUGAUUUUCUAGAGACCAAGCUUCAGGAAACAGAGACCCUUUAUGAAAACACGUACUGUGCCAAUCAGCGGCUAGAGGACGGUCUAAAGAACAUCAUUCGCGACCUAGAUCAUCUCAGCCUCGACAGACAUCAGCUCGGACAGAUGUUUAGCGUAGUAGAAAAUCUCAUCUUUAAGCAAGAUCAAGACAGCGCAAGGGCCCUGGAGGCAUUGGGUUAUUUUAGAUCAGAGUUUGAGAGACAAGAAAAGGAGCUUUCACAAAAGAAUAGCGAGAUUGAACGCUUGAUGUACGACAAAGACGAUCCUCUCGAUCAACAAAGGACGACAGCGCUUGAGAACCGUAUCAAGGAACUAGAGGAACAAGUCGAGCAUGUUCGUUCCCAACGGGACAGAUUUUAUUCUCAGCUUCAGGAACAUCUCCAGGAAUCAGAAAAGACGCACCAUACAUUGGCCUUACAGACAGCAAGGAGCAAUUCGCUUGAGAAACGUGUCGCUGAAUUACAAGCAGAUCUUGAUUCCUGUCGCGCGAUGAUCAAACAGCACGAUGCGUCCGGACUGAUCCAUAAGCUCGAACUUGAAUUGUCUGCACUCAAGCAUCAAAAACAGAUUGACGAAAAGGACUUUGAAAUCAGCUAUGAGAAUGCUCUGAAUGAGUCCAAGUCAAUGAAACAGGUGGUGGACCAGCAAGCCAAGACGAUCGAAUGCUUAAAGACAAGUAUUCAGUCACUCCAUUGUCAGUUGAACACCAACAAGGGUGUGCCCGACAGACCACUGUCAGAACCAGUGAUCAUAGACAGACCGAUUCGAGUAAGACGUAAUAGCGACAGCAGUAGCAUUAUAUCAGCAUAUGGUCAUUAUAACCACUUUGAGACGCAAGAGGAAUGUAUGCGCUGGAUACAAGAAAACAUUGACGACGCCGAUAAAGAAGAGGUCAUGAAACGACUCUUGCUCGAAAACUCAAACCUGAAAUCGACACUCGCAGGCUUCGAAUCACAAAUGACGAGCCAGCGUGAUGACUUUACCGAACAAAUUCGUGCACUCGAAAACGAUAUUGUGAAAUUAACGCUUGUCAAGAAACAACUUGAGAGGGAUCUUCAUCGAGUCAGUCAAGGCAGUCAUGGGUCGAUGGAGAGUCGAGCAAGUCAUAAGAUGCAGAGCAUAACCUCUAUCUCAUCCCAUAAAAGCAGAAUAAGGGAUUCAGAUACGCCAAAGCAACUUCGACAGUCCAAUACGGUCAUACCACCUCCUCCAAGCGAACCGCCUAGUGAACCCAUCCCUCCAUUACCUCAAGAAAAUGACAAUGACACACCGGUCAAGAAACAGACCUUUGCGAGAGAUGACAGUCUACAUCAUCUCGAACUAAAGGUUCAUCAGCAACAGCAGGAAAUAGAAGCCUUGAUGGAACAGCAAAUGUGUUCCAAACAAAAACUAAAGGAUACACAGCAAGAGCUUGAGAUGGAAAAGAAAUUGAAGCAAAAAGCAGAAAGGGCACAUGAGAUCUUGGAAAAACGAAUGCAAGAUUUAAUGAAUAAAAAAAACAAGUUUCUCUGCUUUUAAUAAACUACAAGCAUUUUUUACGUCAACCUUCCUCGUUUCUGUAGAAAAUUAACUAAAGUGUAACGAGGAAGUGCUCAUUUUUUGAUCUUCAUUAUGGUUUGGCGCGCUAAGCUUUGAACAAUGCUCUUGCUGCUACAGGAUAUUUUUUUCACAAUGUGAGCCUGUUAUACGGUUAAACAGUUUUAUUUA